CCACAGAAACCAAAUUCCGCAUCUCAAAGCCACAACAAUGUCUCUACUACACCGACAUCGCCGUUUCUCCACCAUCGUCGACCUCGCCCACCUUUCUUCUCCGAUCAUCGACCCUUCUCAUCUCACCUCUCUCCGGUCCAACUCCGACCUCCUCGUCUCCUACUCCAUCACUCCUCCUCUCCAACCUUGGCCUUCUCGUCUCUCCCCUCGCCAUCUCUCCCGCAUCAUCCAUUCUCUCCCCGACCCUCUCCUCGCCCUCCGCGCCUUCCACCACGCCUCCCACUUCCACCCCGGCUUCUCCCACUCCUACCUCUCCUACCACUCCAUCCUCCUCCGCCUCGCCCAUGCCCGUCUCUUCUCCUACAUCCCCCCAAUCCUCUCCUCCCUCCGCCACUCCUCCAUCCACUGCGGCGAAAACCUCUUCAUCUCCCUCAUCCGCGCUUACUCCCUCUCCUCCCGCCCUUCCUCCUCUCUCAAGAUCUUCCUUUCCAUCCCCUCCUUCCGCCUCCGCGCUUCCGUCCGCUCCUUCAACGCCCUCCUCAACGCCAUGAUCCAAAACCGCCGCUUCCACCUCGUCCCCAUCCUCUUCAAGCACUGCCAAUCCAAGUUCGGAAUCAUCCCCAAUGUCUGCACUGCCAACAUCUUCCUCAAAGCUCUCUGCAAAUUGGGCAACCUCGAUGGUGCUCUCAAGGUGCUCGACGAAAUGCCAACAUGGGGUAUGGUUCCCAAUGUAGUCUCUUACACCACUAUUCUCUCUUGCUAUUGCUCCCUUGGUGAUCUCCAUGGUGCAAAGGCUCUGUUUGAUGAGAUUUUGCACCGUGGCUGGUCGCCGGACGUCACGACAUACACCGUCUUGAUCGAUGGGUAUUGCCGGUCUGGCCGGCUUGUUGAUGCUGUGCGCACCAUGGAUGAGAUGGAUGAUGCCGGCGUGAAACCGAAUGAUGUUACUUACUCUGUAGUGAUUGAGGAAUGCUGCAGAGCUAAGAAAUCAGGGGAAGCAUUGAACUUGAUUCAGGACAUGUUGGAUGGGAAAUACAUCCCAAGCUCGACGCUUUGUUGUAAGGUGAUUGAUGCAUUGUGUGUGGAUGGUAAGGUGGAGGAUGCUUGUGAUAUUUGGAAGAAGCUUUUGAAGAAGAAUGUUACUCCGGAUAAUUCGAUAUCGAGCACUUUGAUUUACUGGCUUUGUAAGAAAGGGAAGGUUUUGGAAGCUAGGAAACUGUUUGAUGAGUUUGAAAAGGGAUUCAUUCCGAGCUUGUUGACAUAUAACACGCUCAUUUCGGGAAUGUGCGAGAACGGAGAGUUGCAAGAGGCAGGAAGGUUGUGGGAUGAUAUGUUGGAGAAGAAGUGCGCGCCGAAUGUAUUCACUUAUAAUGUGCUUAUCAAGGGGUUUUGUAAGGUUGGUAAGGUGAAAGAAGGGGUUGAGAUUUUGGAGGAGAUGUUGGAGAAGAAAUGCAUGCCUAAUAAGUCUACGUAUCAGGUGUUGGUUAAUGGUCUUUUGGAAGCCGGAGAUGGAGAUGAUGAAUUGGUCGAAAAGGUUCUUUGUAAUCUGGUUUCAGUGGGAGGUGAAUUCUUCAGCAAAGAUGAUUGGAGUGUGUUUGUGUCAAAGAUGGUUAAGGAAAGUGAGAAUUGGAGAGAUGUUCUGAAUGCAUUGUUGUUAGGUGCAUAAGUUGUUGUACAAAUGUGGACUUUGGUGAUACUUGGUGUUGAAACAAGCUCUUGAUGUUGAGAAGAAGAAUACUGACUUGCUGAAGAAUGAAGAUCAAUAGAAUGCAUAUGAUACAUUGCCCCAAAUACUACUUGCAGAAAAUCGAUAAAAUGAGAGAGUAAUGUGUAUGAUUCAAUGCAGUGAAUAUAUUGACUCGCAGAAGAACUUUUCAUAAGUGGUGAGAGUUUGAUUCAUGGGUGAGGGCACAUUUUUGAGAAUGUGAGUAGUGGUUGUAUAUAGGUCGUCCCAGUGCUCAUGUGUCCGUGGGUGUUGUCCUUACUUGCUCCGCUGAGGUUUGCGUAUGUUUUUUUUAACGGCUUAACCGUUCAUC